CGUACAUUGAGUUAGGUCCUCUCAGUACCUCCUGAAAACUGAAAACUCGAGCGGGAUCUGCACUGCAGAUGCGACAGUGUCCCGGCCCUUUUGCGUCGCAGACGCUUUGUGCCCAAGGAAAAUUAAAGAUUAGUUUUGCAUGAUAGGGGAGGUUAGUAUUAGGUGCGCCUUCCCUGUCCCCUUUCUCCUUUCGAUCGCCCAAAUGAUUCCACACGAUAGACAUCAUCUUUAUAAGCAGCAUCGCAAUCCAGCCUCAUCAGAUCCUGCCAUCCUGGUCCACCCUGCUCUCACUCCCUCACUGAUCAGUGAUCACUCGCCGCGCUGCAUGCGAGCCAGCCGAUCGAAGCAAGCAGCAGAUUAAAGCUUCGCGCCGGCGCCGUUGCACUUGCACAACAGUAUAGGCGAUGCUGGCCGUGACGGUGAGCCAGGUGGUGGCGCUGCUCUCGUCGGCCCUCUCCGGCGCCGAGGACGGCGGCGGCGGCGGCAUGGAGAUGGAGGUCGGGGCGAAGGUGGCGGCCGGCGGCGAGCGCUGGCGACGCCGCGGCGGGCACGACCGCGCGGCGGCGGGGUACUGCUGCGUGUGCAUAUCGGCGUGCCGCGACGGGGAGGAGAUCCGGAGCCUGCCGUGCGGCCACGCCUUCCACCGGGACUGCGUCGACCGCUGGCUGGCGCGCUGCCGGCGGACGUGCCCGCUCUGCCGCCUGCACGUCGGCGGCGGCGCCGUGGGCUUGGCCGGCGAGGAGCAGCACCAGCUCAGCGAGGACCUCGUCAUCUGGUUCUCUUCGCUCUUCGUCGCCGGCUUGUAGGACUGGCCGUAGGAUCGACAAGCUAGCAAUGUGCAUCUGCUGUAAGCGUAUAAAUAUACGGGCAAGGAGUAGGAUCCUUCGGGCCUGUCUGGCACGGCUUCACGGGCUCCCCGUCGUCUACUGUAGCACUGUAGCGGUGAAGCCCCCUCCCGCAGCUUUAGCGGCUUCACUCCUCCCGCAAGCAAAGCUGCUUCGGUUCAGCUCCGUGCUACAGUGCCGUACAGUGCCGCGCACUGUAGCACAGAGCCGGAGCCGUCCGCGUGAAGCCCUCCCAAAGGGGCCCUUCGUAUAUAGUUGGCUUCUUUAAUUAUAGUUCCUUUGCUGGCUGGCC